AACCAAAACCACGUAUAUGCAUUGCAGAGAUAAAGCGUGUUGUCCACACAAGCUUCUCAUCCCACAAGAGCACGCUACAAUUCAUUUCAAGGUGAAAAUUUUCAUGUUUCAAGAAGGGAACGUUUUGAACAGGACACGACGUGAAGAGUCCUAGAGGUGAACUGCGAAGAGAAAAACAACAACCCAAAACUAAAAGAUGUCGGACGUGAAAAGGUCUUGGAAUAGAAUUAAAGAAAAUGUUGAUAGUACCCCGACCAUGGUGUUUUCCGUCAUUGGUGAUUCAGACAGCUUUGUCCCUAGACCCUGGGCCAAAACAGUAUUCCAGACAGCACUGAUUGAGGCGGCUAAAAGUGGAGGGGAGUCUUGGAUAUUGUACCGAAGUCAUGACGAUGGAGUCUCCGGUAUGAUACGAGAUGCUUAUAUCAAUUAUGAGGUCAUGGAAUUUGGUGGCAAAUCUGAUACGAAGGAUGCUCCUAAUACUACAAACAUCAAGCCACCAAUCAAUGACGUUGAGCGGCAUGUGAAACUCAUCAGGAUUGCGGGGAAUCAGAUGACUGAAUAUAUAUCGCCACUGGAAUUCAGUGAAGCUGAGGGCGAAGGAGACGAUUUUUUGUUGAAGUUUGAAAAGUUUGUCUCUGAACAAGACGUCUUAUUCUUCAGUGAAUACACGGAUUUCAGAAUGCCAGUUCCAAUUGCUAUCAUUGUAUGUGAAGGCGAUAUUCAAACCAUUGCACACGUAUCUGCGGCACUGGAAAAGAAGCUUACGGUGAUUAUUAUUAAAGGCUCAGGAAAAGCAGCAGAUUUGAUAUUGGACUUCCUUGAAAAUCCAGAACUGCUGAGAAAGAAAGCAAGCCUGUUGUUUGGGAUACGCUUUGACGACAACAACUACAACAAAUUGACGAUGUAUCUAGAGACGAUCAAAACAAAAGAAGAUUUGAUUGGUGUUUUUGAUGUGGAUACUGACGAUCCAUUUAUGCUGUCAAACAUUGUUGGUGAAGCUAUUGUCAGUUGCUGGGCCAUGAAGAAAAUAUUGACGGAAAAAUAUAAUGGAAGCUCAUCAAAAGAAAACCAACCUGAGGCAACUUUAGAUUAUGAAACCUCUCGAAAUGGGGAUCGACCCAAGAGAGCAUUUCCAGAUUCUAACGUGAAUGGUCUUGCAAUUACUGGUUCCUCAUUGGCCUGUAAAGUAUUAAAGAGAAAUUCGGUGACACCCGAAAAAAUUGCACCAGAUCAGCUGUUGGAGGUCUACAAGGAGUCUAGAGCUUAUGUACUGAACCCCAAGUACGCUUCUCCUACGGCACUUCCGCUUUACUUUUACUUUAGAUAUCAGGUUCUUCAGGAAUCGGGAUUACUAAAGGAUAGAGGCCACAUUCUGCUUUUUGAAGCACUGAGAGCUAACCGUUGUGACUAUGUAAGAGUUUUAUUGGAUCAUGGAGUGAAGUUUCAACUUUCUAACUUACAAGAGUUAUACAAGCAGACUGUGUCUUGUAAAGGUUGUAAGACAAACGAUGACUGUCUCCACAUGCAGUGGAUAUUAAAGCAAAUCCAAGAGAAAUACACCAAACAAUUAUGUCUGCAAGACAAAUCCACGACGCAUGAAGUCCUAGAGGCAGCAGAAGGUUUAUGUCAAAGAAUCUUGAGAUAUAAAGGCAAGAAAGACAAGGAAAACAGAUCAAAAUAUGAAGACAUUUUCCAUCUCUUGCUUUGGGCGAUAUUUGCCAACAGAAAAGAGAUAGCCGAGAUUUGCUGGCUUCGAAGCGAAAAUCAUCUAUUGACCGGUUUAGUAUCUUCAGCCGUGUUACGGAAGUUAGCUAAUAAGGCAAAUAAUGUGAAAGAACAAAUCCUAUCAAGCGAGUUGGAGGAACAUUCAAAAUUAUUUGAACAACGCUGUCUUGCAAUCAUGGACCGCAUGUACGAAGAGAACACAAAACACACCAUCGAUCUGAUGGACGACGAGGCUGUGGUCUGGGGAAUAGAAUCCAGUCCUUUGACCUUUGCAUAUGAAAACUUCAUGUAUGACGUAGUGGCGCACACGUGUUCUCAGAAGAAUAUGAAUAAACAGUGGUACAACAAUCAAGCCCCGGACCUAGUGCCAUUCUUAAAAUCCGUGUUCAGCAAACCUAACAAGUUCUUUACAGCACCACUGACGAAAUACGUUUACAACUAUAUGAUGUUCUUUUCUAUGUUGGUGAUGUACAGCGCCUUUGUACUUACCAGCAUAAGUACUGAGUAUUACGUCCAGGACAUCGCCAGGGUCUUUGAAUACUAUGUGUAUUUUUGGGGUGUGGGCGAUUUUAUUGAGGAACUUAUCAGUUGUUUUGGAUGCCUAGAAGCAAAGGGUCGUUCACAUCGCAGUUAUUACUCCCGGAUGAAGAGAUACCUGUAUGACUUCUGGAAUGUUGUGGAUCUUUUGUCGUAUGCAAUACUGAUUGCUGCGUUGUUCGUGCGUCACAUGUACCCCUCUGAUACUUUUACCAUCGCCAGGAGAAUGUUUUCCUUAUCCCUGCUUGUCAUGUAUCUGAGGUUUCUGGAAGUAUUUCUCAUCCACAGACGGCUGGGACCUACCCUAAUUAUGAUCAAGGAAAUGUUGAAGGAUUUAUUUGGUUUCCUGUUCGUGGCAGUCUUUAUUGUGAUAGGAGUUGGGAUUUACUUCCACGCGAACCUCUGGCCGGAUCAUCAGGACAUGUGGGAUGCUGACUGGACGCAGUGGAGAAUUUGGAAAAUCAUCUAUUUCCCUUACUUUCAACUUUAUGGGGAACUAUUCAAUAAUUUUUUGGAAGGCAAAGAACUAUCAGACUGUUCUCACAAUACUUCGGUGUUGCAGUCCGACUCUUCCAUUGAACGUUGUCCUCAAGAAGACUGGACAGUGUUGGGCGUGUCAGCAUUGUACAUGUUAUUCUCUAAUCUUCUCUUGGUCAACCUCGUUAUUGCCAUGUUCAGCUAUACAUUUGAAAGGGUUCAAGAAAAUUCCGAAAAAUUGUGGAGAUUUGAGAGGUAUACCGUCAUCAAUGAUUAUGAAUGGAGGAUUCCUUCUCCUAUCAACCUUGUAUUCCUUCCGUAUCGUUUUUGUUGCUGCCCAGGUCGGGAGGGAUGCUGCCUUGACAAGUGUACAAAGGAAUCAGAGGAACGAAACAUUAAAGAAGAAAACAAGGAAUUUCGGAGGGACUUUCAAAGGAUAACAGCAUUCAGAAUACGUGAUAAACUGUAGCGAGGAAGUGGAUCGUUGUUAUGGUUAAAGACGUUUGGUUUAACAUUUGAAUUAGGACAUGUAUCUUGAGUGUGUACAUUUUCAUCACAUUCACGAUACAAUAUGUGGGUAUAUUAAUUCCAUUUAUGUACAUUAUAACACAGUCUUUAAUCUCUGUCAUACACAAAAAGGUGGAGGUAUUAACCUUUUAAAGCUAGUUUGAGUGUUUACAUGAUAACAGAUGACAGCAAAUAUGCACUCCGGUAUGACGUAAUUCCAUGGGUUUUAUAAAUAGAUCACACAUGUACUUCGAUAUAAACACUACCCGGGGGUUUAACAUUGAUCUUGUUGGCGGUGAUAACAGUCAAAUACCCUGUAUUUAUUAAAAGGUGCUACAAGAAUCCUACUGCUUUCAGUAACAAAUAGUUAUCGAACAUUUAAAUACACCUCAAAAUUUUACACAUACGUUCUAGAAUUUUCUUAACAGACAAUGCUGGCAGCAAUUGUCAUGUAGGUUAUUUAACUACCAUUCAUCUAGGGUAUAAAAUGUCCCAAAAUAUGUGGUGUAGUGCUAUAGUUUUGCAAUUCUAUGUCACUGUAUGACAGAGGAAAUUCUAAUUCAAAUGAAAAAAAAAAUAUUUUGAGUAAAAGUUUUCAUGAAUGAAAUCAACACAUCUUUUAUGAUAUCAAUUUAUUCUCAAUGUUUUACAUUUAUAAUCCACAGCAUGUAUUUCAGAUACUUCGAUGUUGUCUAUAUUUCUAUAGCACAGUUAACAGAUAUUUUACAUGUGUUAUCGCCACUGGAUGUAUAGUUAUAACGUCAUCAGUCAUACAAAUACGAAGGUCAUUCAAAAAAUAUCUAGACAUGCCACAAACUUUUUUACAUCCAAAAUUGGUAGACAUAAUUAGACAAUAAAUAGUUCUAAUUAUUUGACAAAAUCAGAUAUGUUACGAUAUGUUUAAAAUACUCCAAAAAUAAAUCCGAAAAAUGAGUUCACGGCGCAUGGUGGAAUUUUGUUAUUCACAAAAUGCAUCAUAUGAUGUUAAUUGUCAAAACUCUCAAAAAUGGCACAGUGUACUAAAACAGAAAUUGUUUUACCACAUCUUGUAGAGAAUUAUUACAUCAUUUUAUAAGUAAAGUUUUAACGUAAUACGUCAAGGUGUUUAAUGGAAAUCGAUUACAGAGAGCAGGUAUUUCUCUUUCGUGAUGGUGAAAAAAUGACGUCACGGGAAAUCAUGGAGCAGUAAAUGGUCCUAAAAUUUUGUGUCGAACUCCGGAAAUGUUCAGUAGAAACUGUUAAGAUGCUGGUAGAAGACGGAUGAAAUGACAAUAUUUAGUCGUACUUUAGUGUAUAAAUGAGAUUAACGACUUUCCUGUGGUAGGGACUCUAUAAUUGUUCGUUAUCGCUACACUUCAUUCUAUGCCAAACGCCCUGGAACAAAACAAAGAACUUGUCAAAAGAAUACAUAACGUUAUGGAAAAUGAUGGCCGCGUCACUGUCGCGGACUUAUCAGAUAUCUCUGAUGUUCGCCCCAGCGCCGUCUUCCCUAUUCUUGCUGAACAUUUGGAAAUGAGAAGAGUUACAGCCUGCUAGAUAUCUAGGCGAUAAAGCAAGAAAGCGCUACAGGUUGUGUGUGAAAUGUAGAGUAGAAUAUUUUGAGAAACUGUAGAACGCGGGGUGCAACGUGGCGAAAUUACAUACUGGUGUUUUUUAGAGAGAUAUUGUGUACAUAAUUAUUGAAUGACCCUCGUACACAUUACAUGACAACAGUGUAGUACCUCGCACUUCUUCCGAUCUUAGUACCUGCAUAGCUUAUUUCAUGUAUGAAUAAAAUUUCUAUGAACACAAAAGUUGGAUGUGAAUAGAUAUACAGUGUUAUAUUGAAGUCAAUUAUGACAUCACAUUGUUUUGUGUCAAGAUCUAAGGUACCAGCGUAGCGUGUUAACCCCGUGUUACUGACAAAGCACUAUGAGCAAAGCUAAAAAUCUAGAGCUCUGAAAUGUUAUAUAAUUUCCAAUUUAUUGAGUGAUUUAUCCUGUUUUUAAUUAUCAACGAAUCUUUUUUACUGAUAUAUUUUUAAUAGUAUUGUUUUUCAACAUUUUACUUACUGCUGUACUGUCUGGUGUGACGUACAAAAUCAACUAUAUUUAGAAGAAAAAAUCAAGCUGCAAAAGAGGGCAGCAAGAAUACUUUUAAAUAUUCGAUAUAUCAGGACCUCUUCUGGCUUUUUAUUUUCGUGUUUGAACCGGAUGUCAAUUGGGUAUUGUUCUAUGUUUAGAAAGGUUGUCUUUCUGUUCAAGUUUUAAAUAAUCAAAUGCCAAAUUACCUAAACGUGUUUAAAUAUACAAGAUAUGUGAGUUGCCACCAUACCAGGUCGAAUAGUUAUAUGUCUAAUUUAUCAUAUUUCCCAAGAUCUAAAACUGAAAAGUUUAAACGUUCAUACAGCUACUAUUCUGUAUUCCUUUGGAACAAACUGUCUCAAAAUGUUGGAAACUCUAGUUCGGUUGGCAUUUUUAAAGCUAUCUAUUUGAUGGAAUAUUUUCAUAGAAGUAGCACUUAAACAUUGUACUUUCCUCUUUUUGUUCCGGUGUGUCAAAUGUAGUUGUGAUAUGGCACUGUGUGCGCGUGUGUCUAAUGCUAUUUUUUCUACUUUCCUUUUAUGUCAUGUAUUCAUAUUUAGGUAAUAAUUCUAUCAUUAAGUAGGUAUGUUUUAUACUAUAUUUUUUCUCCUUUUCCUUUUAUAUCGUAUUCAUGUUUAGCUACUAAUUUUAGAUGUUAAUUUUAUGUUUGUGUAUAUGUUUUAAUGCAGUACCACAAUGGAAAUUACCUAUAUGCUAAUGUGUGUAAUCCUGGAUAAAUAAAGGAUAUUACAUGUAUUACUAUUGAAAGUUGUGGUAAACUUCUUCCACUUCUUUUCCAUUUCUUGAGGUCCAAUGUAUAUGUAUAAUGAAACAUGCUUUGAAGUUUGAACUCAUAACCAAGGAUAUUGCUUAAUAAAAAAAAAUACAUCUAUA